GGGUCUCAAAACGUCACACAUCACCUAGGCGCCAACUACUUACGUACCCACUCUCCAAACUUCAAAACUUCAAACUGAUUCAAAUUCAUGACAUUGAUUUGAUUAAUUUACUUCCCCCCCCCACCCACUAAUUAAUCCCCUGUUCAUUGUUUUGAUCGAAGUAGUGGGAUUUAGUAGUACUGUUGUUUUAAGUGGAGGAGAAUUUAUUAUUAACUUGAUGAAGACUUAUUAGCUGGGGAAAUCAAAUUCAAAUGGGUUCCAGGAAGAACAGUAAGAUUGGCAUUAAUAAUAGCAUGAGUAAUAAUCAUUACGAUUAUUCCUUCAAGAUUUUGUUGAUUGGUGAUUCUGGUGUGGGCAAGAGCAGCCUUCUUCUCAGUUUCAUCUCCCAACAGUGUUUUCAAGAUCUCUCUCCCACCAUUGGUGUGGAUUUCAAGAUAAAACUGCUGACUUUUGCCGGUAAGCGGAUGAAACUAACAAUAUGGGAUACAGCUGGACAGGAGAGAUUUGGAUCACUAACAAGCUCAUACUAUAGGGGGGCACAUGGAAUUAUUCUAGUUUAUGAUGUAACAAGGCGAGAGACUUUCACAAACCUGUCUGAGAUAUGGGCAAAGGAAGUUGAGCUGUACUCCACGAAUAAGGACUGUGUCAAGAUCUUGGUUGGCAACAAAGUUGAUAGGAAUGUUGAAAGGGCCGUUAGCAUAGAAGAAGGCGUUGCUCUGGCUCAAGAACAUAAAUGUAUAUUUUUGGAGUGCAGUGCUAAGACCAGAGAAAAUGUGCAACAGUGUUUUAAAGAACUUCUAUCCAAGAUUCUGGAUGUGCCUAGUUUACUAGAUCAAGGAUCUGCAGCAGUGAAGAAACAGAUCUUAGGAAAAGAGCAUCUACAACGGGCUCAAAAUAGAAGUAAUUGUUGUUCCUAAGGUGAUUGUGAUGGCAAUGAAGAAUGCAUUGGCGCAGAUUUAAUUUUUGUUACUGUUUGUGUCUCAAGAAUGCGAACGACAGCUAUGCUGGUCCGGGGAAGUUUUGGGGCUUGUUGCUGCUGUUCAUAAUGUCAAGAUGAGGUUCAUUCCAUGUAUAGUAGCGCCUGUAAAUUGAUUGCUUUGAUACAUUUGAGUUUUACUACAAAAGUAGUUUCAAAAUGUAGCUUUGAGUUUGAAUAGAUAGCCCAGAAAGAUUUGCAUUCUGGGAACUUUUGUUUGAAUAUGUACACAAACAUAAUCAUGUUAUUGUCUAGAAUCAAAAGAAAAUCACAUAUGCAGUGGUGUUUUCGCAUUUCCGGCUAAGCCAUGAAUUCAUAGAAGUGCACUUGGCUGGAUUGCUAGAAAGGUAGCCGAACAAUUUUGCUUCGGAAUCGAAAACUUCUGAUGUUUGUGCAUAGG